CUGACUGUGCUCAUAUUAGGCUGCGCAGGUCUGGCACGGGGCGGGUUCUGGGUCACUCACUUCAUACCUCCCUGAAUAGAUCGAAUCGAAUGUGUUCAAGCAGAAGGAGAAACAAGCAUCACAACACCGUUAUACUCAUAGCUCCAAACCAACCACAGACCGAAUGUGGAGGGGAAGAACUUGAUGCCAAGAACCGUAAAUGAACCACGGAUUAUAAUUUCAAUUGUAAUCCGAAAUAGAGCGCAGGACUGUGAAUCAAAGCGUACUGAAGACACGGACAGAUUUGGUGAACGGUGUAUGGACGUGGUGCUAAAGAGGAAUUGACAGGUGAACCCGCGGGCAACACACCAAUUUCUUGAAGGGGAGAAUAUAGGACUGCCUACAGAGCAGAAGCGGACGAGAGAGAGAGAGAGAGAGAGAGAGAGAGAGAGAACGGAGUGCAGUGAAGUGAGUGGAUUGUCCUUUCUCCCGUUGCUCCACGUAGAGCUGUCAUGUCAUGUCAUGCAGUGCAAAGAGGGAUUAAAAUUACGCAUGUUAUGCAGCGCGCCAAACUGUAUACGCGGUUGAUGCAGUCAGUCCGGAGAUGUGCAACAGGGGGAGCUGAGCCUCGACCCGGGCAGUGAACAGCGUAAAGGUGCGCAGCAGUGACAGGGAAUCCGUCUGGAUUUAACGCACGUAUUUUGUGAACAGCGGGGAUAUUGACGUUGCUUUCAUGUCUUUUAUUUAUUUAGAUGAUUCCUCAUUUAUUCAUCACAAAAGGGGGUUCGUUGAAGAAACGCACCGUUGAACAAAGGAUUUAGGAGAAACGACAACUGUAACCCAAUUCUGCCAUCCCGAGUGCGUCUCCCCACUGGCGUGUCAAAUCGGGACCGUUACCAGAAGACAACAAGUACGGUUGAAUACAGGGUGUUCUCUGUCUGGUUCCUAACCCAGGAGAGGGUUGAAUAAUUCGGUCGGGGGCGCAGAGCUGAUCCGCAGCCGUGGGAAUGUGGAUGGAGAGUGUAAACGCAAACCCAGCAGGAGGGCUUCAAUCCUAAAAUGUGACUUUUUCCAAUACAUCCCCGCUAUACACGUGACACGUGCAUUCUGCAAUCGUUUCCAUCGGAUUUGUUUACGUCGCUCAAGAGAUGGCGUUCUUCCCUGUCCUCCUCCUCCUCCUCUCCGUGGUCCAGCGUGGUUCCUCCCAGGACCCUGAUGAGGACUCGUCGGCAGUGCCCCGGGGGUGUGGCUGGGGCCUGGUGCGCCCCUACACCCUCCUCUGCGACUUGGACUCUGUUUGGGGCGUGGCGGUUGAAUCUGCAGCGGCCGGUGGUGCCCUGGCGGCCAUUUUACUGGGCCUGAUCCUCCUCUGCCGACUACACCACGUGAGCGAGGCGGAGAAGCGCAGCGGCGUGGGACCCAUUCUCCUCCUGCUCCUGGGCAUCCUGGGCCUGUUCGGCCUCAGUUUCGCCUACCUCAUCGAGCGUGAUGAGCAGCUGUGUCUCCUGCGCCGUGCCCUCUGGGGCUUGCUCUUCGCCCUGUGCUUCUCCUGCCUGCUGGUGCAGGGUGUGCGGCUCCGGAGGCUGGGCCGCGAGCGCCGGAGCCCGGGGGGCUGCGUUCUGACCGGCUUGGCCCUGGGGCUGAGCGCAGUCCAGGGGAUCAUCGCCGCUGAGUGGCUCCUGCUCACGGUGCUCAGGGAGGGCAGAGCGGCCUGCCAGUACCUGCCUCUGGACUUCUCCUUAGCCUGUAGCUAUGUGCUUGCACUACUGCUAGCCGCGCUGGGGGCGGCCUCCUUCGCUCUCUGUGGGAAGACCCGGCAGUGGCGCUGUAACGCGAUCUGGCUGCUCGCCGCCUGUUUGUUGUCCCUCCUCCUCUGGGUUGCCUGGGUGGGCUUCUAUCUCUAUGGUAACGCCUGGCUGGGGCGGUCCCCGGACUGGGACGAGCCAGCGUUGGCGAUAGCGCUGGUGGCUCAGGGUUGGCUCCUCCUCCUGUUCCACGCUGUGCCCGAGGCACACUCCUGUCUCCGACCCCCGCCGCAACCCACCGCCCCCGACUAUUUUGACACGUCUCAGGCCCCGUCCCGCAUGAGGGAGACCAGUUUCGAUGAGGAAAUCCCCCUCUCACACAGGCAGUAUGCGGAGAACCAGGGCUACGGCUUUGACGAAAACACUGCAGGUCUGAGGAGUGGAGGUAAUCAUAAUGGUAACACAGCGCCCAGACCCAGUGCCCCCUUCCGCAGCAACGUGUACCAGCCCACUGAGAUGACCAUGAUCCUGAAUGGGGGAGCGGUCCCCUCCGCACCCCCGACCUAUACGGGCCGGCAGCUGUGGUGAAGGACAGAAAUGGAGAAGAAGAGGAUGAGAGGAAGAGGAAGGAAGAAUGGGGUGAUGAAGAAGGGAUGAAGGGUCCUUGGACAGAGGAAUAACCCAGAGAGGAUAACUAAACAUGGACACCAUCAGGACCCCCUCCCCACCCUCCCCCCAGCUCUCUAUGUGUGUAUGGGGACAGACAGUUAAACUGAUGACAUACUGAGGGCUUACACACACCACCCACCCUGUGGUAAUCAAGCACACCAACCAACCACUGAAUGAGUGUGACUGAGGGGGAGAGCAGGUAUGGAGGACAGAUCAAAACAUUACUGGUAGUUUUGAAGUUGAAUCUCUGUAGGAGAUGUUAGACUUAAUAAUAACCCUAUUUUGGCUGCAAAUGCAGUGGAGACCAUUUCCAUCUGGGAGACGUGAGAUUUGAAAUGUUGACAGUCAGGUUUCUUUUGUAUGAGUCAAGUUUACUCCCAUGAGACUACUAAACCACUGUAUAAUUUCUGAAAAACUGUGAAACCUCUCUCCCUCUUGAGAUAUUUGCUCUGUUUUUGUUGUUUAUUUUGGGAGAAACUCUUCUAAAGCAGAAUGUUUUGCUCUGUCCUCCAUCCUGCCAAAAUAAAGGAAACACCAACAUAAAGUGUCUUAAUAGGGUGUUGGGCCACCACGAGCCAGAACAGCUUCA